UACGUCCACGUUUAUUCUAACCUAUAAAGCUAAACAGUUAACAGUAUUAAACCGUGUUUUAAUAAGUUCGGGUUGUUGUCAGUGAACAUUGUAAUCUCCAUUAUUAUAUUUAUUUGUUGGAUAGAUUAUUUCUAGUUAUAUACUUCAAGAUUUAAAAUUAGACAAAAUGGUAUCCGUGUUAAAUACAGUUGAUACUGGACAUGAAGAUUUAAUUCAUGAUGCAGAAAUGGAUUACUAUGGUUUACGCUUAGCAACUUGUUCAUCUGACAGUAGUGUAAAAAUUUAUAAUCUUAAAAACGGAACUCAAAGCUUGGUUGCAGAUUUAAAGGGACAUUAUGGUCCUGUGUGGCAGGUAGCUUGGGCACAUCCCAAAUUCGGUAACUUUCUUGCUUCUUGUUCUUAUGACAGAAAAGUUAUUAUUUGGAAAGAAAGUGGUCCAGGAGAUUGGGCAAAAUUCUAUGAAUACAACAAUCAUGACUCUUCAGUGAAUUCAAUAGCUUGGGCUCCACAUGAAUAUGGUUUGUUAUUAGCUUGUGGCAGUUCAGAUGCAACGAUAUCAAUUUUGACCUGUACUCCAGAUGGCUCAGCUUGGGAAUCUAAGAAGAUUCCUAAUGCACACACAAUAGGAUGUAAUGCGGUAAGUUGGGCCCCUGCAACCUCAACUCUGCCUGGACUCGGUACUUCUAAGUCUGGUGCUGUUAAAAGAUUAGUGAGUGGCGGUUGUGAUAAUAUGGUCAAAAUAUGGAAGGAAGAUGGAGAUCGCUGGGUGGAAGACUGUAAAUUGGAAGCUCAUUCUGAUUGGGUUCGAGAUGUGGCUUGGGCUCCUUCUAUAGGCCUACCACGGAGUACCAUAGCAAGCUGUUCCCAAGAUCGUAGAGUUGUCAUUUGGACAAGUGAAGAUAACAUUAAUUGGGCAUCGACCAUUUUACACACAUUUGAAGAUGUUGUAUGGAAUGUAAGCUGGUCCUUAACAGGAAGUGUACUUGCUGUUUCUGGUGGAGACAAUAAAGUCAGCCUUUGGAGAGAAAAUAAUGAGGGCCAAUGGAUCUGUAUUAGUGAAGUAUCCAAAGGACAGGGGCAAAUGGCAGGCAGUGAGCAGAGAGCACUUUGAAAGGGUAACUACAGUCAGUUUUGGUCUCAGCAAAUUUAAAGGCUCGAUUUCUCUUGUGCCAAGGUAAAAUUGCCAGACUACAGUGCAAAAGACUGAAACAACAAAACAUUGUUUAUAGAUGGAAUUGUUUUACUGUAGUUAUUCUUUCCAUUAAAAUUGUGGUUCAGGGUUAGCAUAUGUUAAGCACUAAUGCUGAUUUUUAAAAUUGAACUUAACAUUAUCAUUGUAAAUAUACCAUUUUUGCUUAAAUAAGUAUGGUUUUAGUGUGUGAAAUCAUAAUUUCGAUUUAUUGUAGCUAGUUUUAAAAAUAUGUAUAAUUUAAUAUUUCAAACACAUUUUCAUGUAUAAUGUAAUAUUACAGAUAUGUUUUCAUGCGUAAUUUGUUAUGUCAAAUAUAUUUUCAAACAUUUUAUUGGAUUUUAUUAUAAAUUAAGUUACAACUCACUUUACAUGUACAGAACAUUGUAUUAUAAUGUAAACAAACAAUAAAAUUGUAAACAAUCAAAUAACAUUUGAUAUCAGCUAUAAAAUGUACACAAACUUAAAUUUAGAAAGCUAUGCUAUUUAAAAACUUUCGAGCCCAUAUACUCAUGACAGGUUUUCUCUAAAACAGAAACAUUAUUUGUGUAAAUAGUUAUAUGUCAUACUUAUUCGGAAGUUGUUCUCCAAUAUAUAUACAUUUAUUCUCUUAUAAUAAAAUUAAUCUUAUCUGUAUUUCAAA